AUGCUAAUUCAUCUAAUUCUUUCCAGAAUGUCGUAUGAUCUUCAUGUAGCAGAACUUCCUGCGUAUACUCCUUUUUUCGGAUAUCUGGGAGCCGCUUGUGCACAGGUUUUCACCGUUUUGGGUGCUGCAUAUGGCACAGCAAAAGCUGCUGUUGGCAUCUGUACAAUGGGAAUAAUGCGACCUGAGCUGAUAAUGAAAUCUAUAAUUCCAGUCAUUAUGGCUGGUAUCAUCGGUAUUUAUGGGCUCGUUGUGGCAAUUGUCUUGAGAGGCAAAGUAAAUUCUGCCAGUGAGGGAUACAACCUCUCGCAUUCUUUCUCCCACUUCGCUGCUGGCCUCACUUGUGGUUUAUGUGGCCUGGGAGCAGGGUAUGCCAUCGGAAUCGUUGGAGAUGCCGGAGUACGAGGCUCUGCUCAACAGCCUCGUCUAUACGUCGGGAUGGUGCUUGGUCUAUACGGAAUGAUCGUCGCUCUGAUCAUCGGAUCUUAA